AUGCCCGAGACGCAUGGCGGACCUCACGACCACCAAUAUGGCGCCGACAAUACAUCAGAAGGAGAGGAGCGUGGGCGAGGCAAGCUGUUGCAACCGCUCUCGUUGCCCAAGAACCGCAGCACUGGCAACUUGCCCAUCUCAGCUGACCCUUCCGACAGAAGCCGUCUCAGAAUGUCCCUCGACGCAUCGGCUGCCCUCCUAGACCAUGACGUCCUCACGAGAUCUUCUUCCCUCCUGACCGACCACGAGCACGGCCUAGGCCUGUCUGGCCUUCAUCGUAUACGGCAACAGCAGCCUCCAUCGCGAAAGCCCACCAUCCCUGGCUCGAAUGCUUCUUCCCGAAGCCCCUCCGUCGUCGCACUCUCCCGAACGCCUUCCUUGAGCGUACUAUCCCAUGCCAACAGUAUGCCUCUCUCUGCAGGACCGACUUCUCCUAGCUUCGCCGAAGAUCUGUCGAGAUUCCCAUCCGAGUCGCUACAUUCCUUCUCCUUCGCUCACCAAUCCGAGGAUUUCAUCCACAGCAGGCAGAAUGUUCUCAAAAGAUCGCUCGAGUUUAUGAAGGACCGCAUGGGUUGGCCUAUGAAUUCGGCCCAGGCUGGCCUUGCCAGUGCGCAGGCACGCGUGACCGGAGACGUGGACGCGCAAAACAUGUUGGAGCUUCUCGCACGAGCACAAAUCAUCGGUGCCGGCAAUCUUCCAAAUCCUGAUUCCACGAUUGAUCCAGGCCCGUUGACCGGCCCGGCGAUCGUUUCCAACCAGAAUGUAUUCGACCAGCAUUUUGUUCCGAGGUCUUCGAGUCCCGAGCCCAUAUCUCCGAUUCCGAAAUCAAUGUCAAACGUUUCUGCGGCGAAAUCCCACGAUGUAUCAAUAGGCAAUGCUCAGGCUGCGGUGGGGGCGCCGGCCGAUGUGUCCGUGAACAAGACCAUAUCGGAGGACUCGAGCAGAAGCACCCCUGACGAGAGUGUAUCCUCGAGGAAGAGAUCCCCCCCCCGAGCUCUGAGACCUACAACGCUGAAGCGAACAAUGACCGAUACAAUGCACAUGAGCAUGGAAAACCGGCUCAUGGAUACCAUGUCACAGCCCUUCUAUUCCGAGACAGUCGCUUCACCAGCCCUGACUCCUUCCACUACGGCGUCAGCGAAUUUCCCAAGUGCCCUGGGCUCUUCUGUUCACGGACACACAAACAGAUGGGUGCCCGCUGCCCAAGCGAUAUUUACAACCGAAGCGAAACCGCCGUGGACCAUCAUCGCCGCGAAUGACCUAGCGUGUCUCGUUUUCGGUGUCACUAAAGCUGAAGUGCGCAAGACUGGUAUACUAGAGGUUGUACAAGAAGAGAGGCGGGCAUGGCUCGAGCGGAAACUACUGAGCAACGGCGACGAUGAUGCCGAAGAGGAGAGACCGGAAAGCCGCAAGGCAAGUCCUGCCUCCUCAGCAGCAUCGGCCCUCCUGGGCGGCAAGUCUGGCAUCACAGCGCAAUUGCUCAACAAGCCGAACUCGCGCGCGCAACCCCCGAAGUACAAGGAACGAAGAUCACAGACGGUCCACAGUGGCGACCCCAACCCUCCCAAAACAAGGGGAAGCGAGCGUCACCGCAGCACGCUUUCGAGAGGCGUUCUUUUGUGUGGUGAUGUGGUCCCCAUCCAGAAGCGUAACGGCGCGACAGGCUCUGCCAGUAUUUGGGUGAAAGAAAAGAGGGUUGGUCUUAUUUGGGUACUGGAGGAGAUCCACGAGGACACAGCCUACAUCACCAUUGAUGAAGAAGGUGUAGUCCAGCAGACUACCGGCGCGACGCGGGCGAUUUGGGGCGUCGAGUCGCCGCAGCGAGGGUGCGACGUUGGCUCACUCAUCCCGCGCAUCCCUCGCCAAGGCAUCGACCCGAACACGGGCGAGAUUGACUUUGCUCAGAUUAGAAGACGCAAGUUUUUCACCUGCCCAAAUCUGAAGAAGGUCAACGUGCCCUGCACCAUUGAGCAGGUCCGCGGCAAGCUGGAGCUGCGUGUCUCAUCCUACCCUCACAUUGCGGGCAUGAUUGUCCUCGACCCGCGCACACUGCAUAUCCGCAGUUCCAACUCGGUCUUUUGUGGUGCCCUUUUUGGUUUCGAAAAACCCGAUGGCAUGUCCAUCAAUGCUCUAGUGCCCGGCUUUGACAAGAUUCUGGAAAUGCUCACUGAAGAGGAGGGCCUGGAACUGCUCGAGGGCAUGGUCAUACCUGAGGAUAGGUUCCGAAGAGCAUCUGGUUUGCUGGCUGUCCGUGAGCAUAGACCCGACGCGUCUGAUGUCUUUUUGAAACCGGACGGGCUUCCCGCGAGACAUCGGGACGGGUCAGAUCUCAAGAUUGACGUACAAAUGCGGGUGGUCAAGAGCGAGAAGCAGGGCAACGUCCUCGAGGAGACCGUCAUUGAGGGCAGCGACGAGGAAAAUGACUCCAAGAAGGACGACGCGUCCCUAGUGGUGCAUCAGUCCGAGAUGGUGUACGCUCUGUGGAUCACAUACUCCAGGCAUCUCCAUGGCGAAAAGCCAUCGGUCGACGUCGGUACCACUGCUGAAGCCGAGGCAGCUUCACCGUUGCAUCAACCGUCGCCGGGGCAGACACCACCAGCGCUCUCGCCGACCGAGAUGGAGUCGGAUGACAGCAAUGCCAAGGCGGAACCGACAACAUCCAAAGGCGGUCUCUUCUCCAAGAACUUCAAGGACGUUGCCAAAAACGCUGCUGCUAAACUUACAGGACACAGUCAGUCUGCGCCCAAGACGAGCGACAAACCAACGCCGCCCCGAGCUGUGGAGCCUGCAGCCAAGCCCAAGAUUGAGGACUACACCAUCCUUGAGGACAUGGGGCAGGGAGCAUACGGCCAGGUCAAGCUUGUCCGUCAUAAGGUGACGGGCAAGAAGGCUGUGCUCAAGUAUGUGACCAAGCGACGCAUUCUUGUUGACACUUGGACGCGCGAUCGAAAACUCGGCACCGUGCCCUUGGAGAUCCAUGUCCUCGACUAUCUUCGCCGCCCAGAGUUCCGACACCCCAACAUUGUAGAGAUGGAGGGCUUCUUCGAAGACAGCGUCAACUACUACAUCGAAAUGAAGCCACAUGGUCUCCCUGGCAUGGACCUCUUUGACUACAUCGAAUUACGAGCGAACAUGGAGGAAUCAGAGUGUCGGAGUAUUUUCAAGCAGGUCGCCCAGUCCAUCCACUUCCUCCACACCAAGGCGAUGGUUGUCCAUCGCGAUAUCAAAGACGAGAACGUCGUUAUGGAUGGCGAAGGGAACAUCAAGCUCAUCGACUUUGGGAGCGCGGCGUACAUCAAGAGCGGGCCCUUUGAUGUGUUUGUGGGCACAAUUGAUUACGCAGCACCCGAGGUCCUCGCCGGCAAGCCCUACGGCGGCAAGGAGCAAGAUGUGUGGGCACUCGGCAUCCUCCUCUAUACCAUCAUAUACAAGGAGAAUCCGUUCUACAGCAUCGAUGAGAUUAUGGACCGCGACCUGCGCAUACCGUACGUCAUGAGCGAGGAGAGCAUUGAUCUCAUCCGCUGCAUGCUCGACCGGGAUGUGCCACAGCGCUACGAUAUAGAAAAGGUCCUCGCCCACCCCUGGCUGGCAUGA